CCAGUGGAUGAGCUUUUGAUCUUGAUCCGGGUUGAAAUAAGAAAUUUUCGGAUACAAAAACUCUGCCACUCCAUUUGACAAUGCAAGUGACUGAAGCGUCGAAGCUGGAGCAAAUUUGAGACCAUUGGCUUAGAUUAGAGGAGGAGUUUGUGUUGCAUUAUUCAAGUGGUGAGGAUGUCAUCGUGGGAGCAUCUUGGGGAGAUUGCGAAUUUUGCCCAGCUCGCGGGUUUCGACGCAGUGCGGCUGAUAGGGAUGAUAGUGAAGGCCGCGAAUACAGCGCGAAUGCACAAGAAGAACUGCAGGCAGUUUGCACAGCAUCUCAAAUUGAUUGGGAACUUAUUGGAACAGCUCAAGAUCUCGGAGCUUAAGAGGUAUCCGGAAACACGGGAGCCUUUGGAGCAGCUUGAAGAUGCCUUGAGGAGGUCUUACAUUUUGGUCAAUAGUUGUCAGGAUAGAAGCUAUCUCUACUUGCUUGCCAUGGGUUGGAAUAUCGUUUACCAAUUCAGAAAGGCACAGAAUGAGAUCGACCGGUACUUGCGACUAGUUCCUCUUAUUACUCUUGUCGACAACGCUCGUGUCAGGGAGAGACUGGAAGAUAUUGAGAAGGAUCAAUUCGAGUAUACUUUUGAUGAAGAGGAUAGAAGGGUACAAGAUGUGAUCUUGAAACCAGAACCCUUGAAAGAUCAGACAGUGGUGUUGAAAAAGACUCUUUCUUGUUCCUACCCAAACUUGGGUUUUAAUGAAGCUCUUCAAAAGGAAAAUCAGAAACUUCAGCUUGAACUACAACGGUCACAAGCUAAUUUGGAUGUGAGUCAAUGCGAAGUUAUCCAGCAUUUGAUUGAUGUCACAGAAGCUGCUGCCGUGAAUUCUUUUCCGCAGAAGAGUUCGUCCAUAAAAGUAUCCAAGAAAUUGGAGCCCAAUUAUUCAGAUGUUAGUGACAAAAAUUGUUCAUUUGAUGAAAGCUAUCCUAAGAAAAGUGGUUCUCACUCAGCUUUAAGAAACACAUCCUCAUUUUCUUCAGGAGAUGAUCUGCUGUCACAUAGGGGCUCAUAUCAGCAUGAAGAAUGGCAAAGUGAUUUACUUGGUUGCUGUUCAGAACCUUCCCUGUGUCUGAAGACAUUCUUCUUUCCUUGUGGGACAUUCUCAAAGAUUGCUACUGUGGCAACCAACAGGCACAUGUCUUCAGCAGAAGCGUGUAACGAAUUGAUGGCAUAUUCAUUGAUACUAUCAUGUUGUUGCUAUACUUGCUGCAUCAGGAGAAAGCUUCGCAAAAUGUUGAAUAUCACGGGAGGAUUUGUUGAUGAUUUUCUUUCCCAUUUGAUGUGUUGUUGUUGUGCCCUUGUGCAAGAAUGGCGAGAAUUGGAAAUUCGUGGUGUUUAUGGUCCUGAGAAGACAAAAACAAGCCCACCACCCUCACAGUUCAUGGAAUCCUAGGUAAUGUGAUGAACACAUUGUUUUGUUGUUGGUUGAACAUUUAUACAGUUUGAAAGCUGCGAACAGGGGAGAGGUUAAUGGCUAAUUGCCACUGUUAUAUGAAACUUGUACGGGACUGCUUUUAUCCCAUUGACGACCCUUACACUUGUGCUGGUCAGCCAUGUGGUAAAGUUGUUUUUUCAUCACUUCCAUAGACAACAGAUGAUGUAUUAUAAGCUAAAUUUUACUUAAUAUAGCGUUGUUUGAGUUAA